AUGACGUGGACGGAGCUGAAGCUGCAAGUGGCAUCAUCAUCACUUUUCGCUGUCACUCCGCCACCGGUGUCGAUGCUUCGGGAUGCAAUUGCUCGUAUGUACCACUACCAGACGAGGGUGCAAUACAGUGUUGCCAGUGUCGUCAUCCCGCAUUCGGCGGAAGUGUGCCGUCUCUGUCUGAAGAAGCGCUACCUCGUAGACAUCAACGAAAACCAGUAUUUGCGGAUGCAGCUGUUGGAGUGUUUUCCUCACUGUGCCCCGGAUGACAGCGAAUUGCCGCAAUUUGUAUGCGGAGAGUGUUAUCAACUGAUCGACAUCACGUACCAAUUUUCCGUGAGGACUCGUCGAACGGAGGUCCUACUGCGAACCUACGUCCAUAUGGGAGGAGAUUUCCCCGUACCGGAAACGCUUGAAGCCGAAUAUCGCCGCAACUCCAAACGAUCGGCUUCACCGGAUAAGCAGGAGGGCAAACAACAGCCACAAAAGAAGAGACGAUCAUCGGAAGAAUCAUCGACGAGCAUGGAAAACAAGGAAAGGAAGUCAUCGAAGCAUAAGGACAGGAAAGAGUCUUCUAAGGAUAACGACAAGAAGGAUUCUUCGAAGGAUAAGAACAGAAAAGAGACUUCGAAGGAUAACGACAAGAAGGAGUCUUCGAAGGAUAAGAACAGGAAGGAACGAAAGUCUUCGCACCGGAAGGAGAAGGAUGAGAGUACCGACAAAAGCAGCAAGCGAUCCAGUAAGACAACGACAGAUCGUCAAAAGGAGCAGCACUACAGAUCGGACGAAUACCUAUUUGGCGAAGUGGUGGAGUUAGACCCGGUCGAGAAGCGAAACGACUCAAUUGAAGAAGCCAACAAGAAUGUGCCUGACCGAGUGGAAAGCAUUGCGACUUAA